AAGACAGUAGCGUGGCUGCUGUGCUGCCGUGUCCACGUUCCACUCUCCCGCAUUUCCCCCUCACACUUCUCCGCUUUCUCGCCUCGCUUUGUUGCUUUUGGAACGUAAGAAUGGCAACUUCAUCGCCGUCCCUCCCGCCGCCGCCGCCGGCCGCGGCCUCGACCACGCUGGCCGGGAACCUCACGGCCUCCUCCCUCCUGUCCAUCCCGCCGCCGCGCCCGCGCCUCGCCGCGGCGCACCGCCGGGCGGUCGUGGCCGCGGCCGCGUCGCCCCGCCCCCCGCCCCCGCCGUCGCAGGAGGGGGACGGCGGCGACGAGCAGGAGGUGGAGAGGGCGAUGGGGAUGGAUGGAGGCAUCCCCGGGACCUCCGGCGAGUUCCUGCGCCGCGUCUCCUCCCGCGCCUACGGCAUGCGGCGCCACCUCAUGGAGUCACUCGACUCCCUCGCCUACGAUGUAUUGGAGACAAACCCAUGGAGAGAAGAUUCCAAGCCAGUCUAUGUUCUGGCCAGAAGUGAUAACCAUCUAUGGACAAUGAAAACUCGCAGGAGUCGCAAUGAAGUCGAAAGGGAACUUGGAAUGCUUUUCUCAAAGGGAGGGGGAUCAGGAGUUGGGACUAAAUCAAAGUACUCUGGCUCCAAGUUUAAUAUGGUUGUUGAAGAUAUCAGAGAGGGAGUUCUGGUAUUUGAGGAUGAGGAUGAUGCUGUAAAAUAUUGUGACCUUCUGCAGGGUGGCGGUCAAGGUUGUGAGGGAAUUGCAGAGAUAGAAGCGUCAUCAGUUUUCAGCAUGUGCCAGAAAAUGAAAGCCCUUGCUGUUCUUUUCCGCCGUGGGAGGACUCCUCCGUUGCCUCAAAGCCUCGAGCGUGAUUUAAGGGCGAGAAAGCGGUCAAUGGAAGAUUAAGAUUGAUUAAGAUCGUUGGUUACACUGUAUAGAACUGUUACUUGUAUUCAUCUAGCUGUUGAAACCAUAGAGGCCCUAGACCUUGUAUACUGGGUCGUACAUAGAUCUCCCUAUCUGAAAUGAAGAGGCUACUCUGACAGUAAAUACAGACGAUAGCUCAACACCAGAUCUCUCUUUGAAAUUGAAUGUUCUUGUAAUUAUGUACAUUCCAAAGCUCCAUUUUACAAUAAACAAAUGCGAUCCAUCAA